AUGAGUGCUCUCAUUGACUUGUUCGCAGGUUCUCUUGGAGGAGCCGCUGGAGUCCUUGCCGGACAUCCACUGGACACUGUCAAGGUUCGGCUCCAAACCCAGCAUGGUCCGAAUCCACAGUACCGUGGCACAUUCCACUGUUUCAAGACGAUUGUUCAGAAGGAGGGCUUCCGUGGUCUCUACAAAGGAAUGUCAUCUCCACUUCUCUCCCUAUCUGCAAUCAAUGCAAUUGUAUUCGGAGUCCACGGUGGAACUUGUAGACAAAUGGAUGAACCAGACUCAAUAACAUCUCAUUUUGUGGGCGGAGCUGCCGCUGGAAUGGCUCAGAGUGUGAUCGCAGCGCCAACGGAAAGAGUCAAGCUACUCCUGCAGAUUCAGGAUGAUAAAGCACUAAAGAAAUAUAAGGGACCAGUUGAUGCUACGAGGCAGUUGAUAAGGACUCAUGGAUUGAAAUCUAUGAACAGAGGAUUCCUAGCCACUGUUGCCCGCGAUGCUCCAGCAUUCGGUGUAUAUUUCGCGUCUUAUGAAUGGAUGACAAGAGCAAUGUGCAACGGGAAAACUGAAAAUCUUACUAGUGCUCAACUUCUGUUGGCUGGUGGAUCAGCUGGAAUGUUCUCCUGGCUCUUCAAUUACCCAACUGAUAUUGUCAAGUCCAGAUUCCAAGCAGAUCAUUCGUACAGAUCCUAUUGGCAUUGUAUCCAAUCCACGUAUGCUGAAAGAGGAUUCCGAGCAUUCUUCGUUGGUCUCAAUUCUGCACUUAUCAGAGCCUUCCCCUCAAACGCUGCCACAUUCUUCACCGUCGAAUGGACGUAUCGCCUUCUUCUCGACUUCAAUCUUCUCAGCAACGUCACCAAAGAAGCUGAAAAAAUCUGUGCUGAAAGUCAACUCCUCCCGCUCACUCCUGUAUCUCCAUCACCCUCGCGUAAAGAAACCGAAAAGACAUUGCUCGUUACUUCACAAGAGAAAUGCAAACGUCUUCUAACUCAAACCGACUUCUGGGCCACCAACAAUCACUUCUUGCUGCCAGAAGCCGGCUCCACUAUCGUCGAUCCGAUGCUUCAUGGAUAUCGAUUUUUCUGA